AUGUAUAUGCCUAACACUCACUGGACGUGGUCCUUUGCCAUCGUCACCCUGGUCCAGGCCCUGGUGACGCUGGGCCUUGAAUGUUUCGGAUUUAUCUAUGAGUUGGUCCUUGUGUAUGACGCACUGCGGAUGAAAAACACCAUUCAAGUGAUCGGGUUGUGUGCAUGCAAUUUCGGUCUCUUGAUCUACGGCGCCGUUCAAGUACGACAGAUUCAAAAUGCCGUGGCCGUCCUGUCCGUCAACGACAAAAUCAGCCCGGUCGUCUGGGCCGAGUCCGAGCCGUUUUUGAUCAUUAUUCCGUGCAUCGUCGCGCUUGGAUCAAUUCUGAUGACCUUUGUUGCAUGGAAGCUGUACGACGAGUUCGCGUGGACCAUCUACAAGCACAUCAGUGCAGACCUCCGCAUGAAGCGCCGCUACCUUACCUACCAGAUUUACAUCGCCCUGCUGAAGUUCGAUUUCUUCUUUUUCCUCGGUUUUACCGUGCAGUUCCUGGUCGUGGUAUCCUCCUCCAAGCACGAUGCCGAGUUCUACUUGACCAUCAUCGCGGUUCCCGUGACCAUCAUUAUUCUGCUUUGCGGUGCCUGGUUCGUCCGCCGCGAAUUCACUACUGGCAUGAUCAUCAUUAUCUUGCUGUUAUUCGCGGCCCUGGGGUACUUCUGCUUCAAACUCUUCCGCAUGUACGCCCCGGCAACAUUCCCUCAAUAUCUUCCCGCUCGUCCCUCGAUGACAUUCUUCGCCAUCAUCACCCUGAUUCUGAUUGUCAUCACGAUUGUCAUCUCCUGCAUAUGCGUGCACAACUUCAACUGUGGCCUGAAGCCGCAUAUCAACAAGAAGAAGGACCGGCCCGAGGAGAAAACUACCGAGCUCUCCGAUAAUGUCAACGGCCAGGUUCCUUCUCGGAUGAUGAUUGACUAG